AUCAAACAGCACUAACGCCGUUUCCCCAGCAAUUUGAAAUUAUCGAAAAUUGGUGCCCGAGUUUUAGCGGGAGUUUUUAAUCUCUCUCUCUCUCUCUCUCUCUCUCUCACAGAUUAGUCCAUGAAAAAAGGGGGGAAAAAAUUUCCAUUGAGAUAACCCAGACACUCUGCUUCCCCGUUGCUUGCCGAGGCCACCAUUGAUGCCACCGUCGCCGACGACGACUCCGGCUGCACCGACGACUUUAUGACGCCAGUCUAAUUGCCGCCGCCGACGUUCUCGCACGACGCCCCUCUUGCUCAGUAAUGCUUACCGACUCCGACCGCGUCCUCCACUUUAAUUUGCUUGCCACCGAGUUCCACUGGCUCCUUCGUUGAAUGGCUGCAUCAAUUAGGAAUCAUGUCAUGGUCGACAAAACGAAUGAUAACAGCAUCUGGGAGUAUAUAAAUAUAGAUGCUUAUGAUAAAAAACUUGAAGUGGGUAUAAUAGUUAAUUCUGAAGACGAAGCUUACAAUCUCUACAAUGAAUAUGCAUUGAGGAAGGGUUUUAGCAUAAGAAAAGGAAACAAACGAUUAGUCGAUGGGGUUCUCCGACAACGAGAAUAUGUGUGCUCCAAAGCAGGAUUUUCUGAUUCUAAAGAUCCUUGUAACUUAAAAGGGAUAAAUCGAUUAGUAACAAGAACGGGAUGUACGGCUAGAGUUCGAUUCAGUAUAAAAAGUGGUGCUUGGGAAGUCACUCAUUUUAAUGAUAUGCACAAUCACGAGUUUGCAAAACAAGAGGAAAGACACAAUUUACGAUCUGGUAGGAGAAUGCUAGAUUCUCAUGCAGCUGUUAUUUCCUCUAUGGUACAAGCAGGCAUAAAACCAAUAAAAUCAUACUCUUAUUUAGCCAAACAGGUUGGGGGGACACAAAAUGUUGGAUUUACUAAGAAAGAUUGUUAUAAUUUCUUGCAUACCGCAAGAAAAGUGAUGAUUGAAGCAGGCGACGGACAAAGUGUCAUUAAUUACUUUAAGCAUAGACAAUUGGAAGAUCCUAUGUUUUUUUAUUCUGUGCAGGUAGACCAAGAGAAUCAAAUGGCAAACUUCUUUUGGAGAGAUGGUAGAUCAAAAUUAGACUAUGAUGCAUUUGGACAUGUUAUCAUUUUUUAUACUACAUAUAGAACUAACAAAUAUAACAUGAUUUGUGCUCCAUUUGUUGAGAUCAAUCAUCAUUGGAAGAAUGUGUUAUUUGGAUGUGCUUUUUUAUUAGAUGAGACCACCGAAUCAUUUAUUUGGUUGUUUGAGACAUUUUUAGAAGCUAUGGGAGGUCAAGAACCCAGGAGUAUCUUUACCGAUCAAGAUCAAGCAAUGGCAAAUGCCAUAAGGAUUGUAUUUCCUAAGUCACGCCAUCGACUCUGCUUAUGGCAUCUUUGGAAUAAUGCUAAAAAACAUCUUGCUGGAAUUUAUGGCAAUUCAAACUUUAAUGCAAAAUUUAGCAAGUGCCUUAGUGGAUGUGUGGAUGAAAUGGAGUUCCAAUCAGUUUGGGAGGAUAUGAUCAAAACAUUCAAUCUUCAAGACAAUGUUUGGCUAAAUAGACUAUAUGAGAUUAGAGCAAAGUGGUGCACUGCUUUGAAUAUGGAUUUUUUUUCUGCAAAAACAAAAUCUACACAAAGAAGUGAGAGCACAAAUAGUGUCUUUCAUCAAAUUUUCGGCACAUCUUUGCCUCUUAUUCAAGUUAUUGAAUGCUAUGAGAAAAAAGCAGAAGAUAUGCGUCAAGGAGAGCGGGAUGAAGACUUUCACUGCAAAAACGGUGCCCCUAAAAGUGUCAUUAGUUAUGGAGGAAUUUUAGAAAAUGCAGCUAAUGUCUACACAAUUAAGCUUUUUGCAAUGUUUAAGGAGGAGUUUCUUGAGGGUGUAGGGCUGAAUUGCAUUGAGGUCAAUGUUGAACAAAAGCUAGUGACAUACACACUCAACAAAUCUAGUGAGAAGAAGGCUUUCUUUGUGAAGUUUGACACAUCCGAUUUUAAUAUCUCUUGUAGCUGUAAGUUGUUUGAGUCAUUGGGAUUAUUGUGCCGCCAUUCUCUGAGGGUUCUGCUUGUGAAUAAUGUAAAUGCUAUACCAACACAGUAUAUUUUGCACAGAUGGACGAAAGAUGCAAAAAAGAGAUUGAUGUGUCAUACUACCGAAUCGUCAAACAAAGAUGAAAAAUCUGCUCGUGCCUUGCGUCUUAGCGAGUUGAACCAUCUUGGGCAUAAUAUUUUUGAUAAAGGCUCAUUGACUGUUGAAGGAACAAAAAUUGUCAAAGACAAGUUAAUGGAGACACUAGAAUUGCUUGAAAAAAGUUUUGGAAGCUUGAAUACAUCUGAAAAUUUAAAAGGAAAAUCAGUUUGCAAUAGUGCAAUUCGUUUUGUUAAUGAUACACAUUCCUCUGAUGAGAAUAUGCAGGUUUUGGAUCCUCCAUGUGUGAGAAAGAAAGGAUUAACUAAUGCUCGAAUCAAAAGUCAGUUGGAAAAGAAGGUUAAAAGGAAGAAAAUGAGAGAAACUAGCCAUGUAUCGCAAUCUCAUCAAAAUCAGAUGUUCAGAUCUAGUUCUAGUACUAUGCCACAACAUGGUGCUACACAAAUGUCUCAGCUCAAUCAAAAACCAAUGAUAUACUCUGGCCAUUUUCAAGGUCCUCAAACUGGUUAUAAUCAAGUUCAGGCACUAACUCCUUUUCAAAUGAUGCAAUCUACUUUUUUCUCAAAUGCCACAAUCUAGUUUUUGAAUAUAUGGUACUGGGGAAUUCAACUGAAAAUAUAUUACAGUUUUUUAUUUUGAUUUGUAUGGAUAGGCAGAAAAGGAAAGACAUGAAACUGAAGGAGAUGAAAUUGUUACCAAUAGUGGUAGUUUUGUUAAUAUGUUGAGCUAAACAUACAAAUAUACAAUGCUGCAAAAGCUUAUAUACAAUGCUGUCACUUCUAUUUUGUAUAUAAAAUUUUACCUUCAUUUUGUUCAA